AUGGCGGAACUGAUCACCAAUGUAACCUUUUCACUUGUGCUCGUUGCCGUUUUCCUCAUUCUCUUAUAUAAAUGGUCUUUUACUACUUCCAGUAGUACAAAAAACUCACCACCUUCUCCACCUAAACUUCCCAUCAUCGGAAACCUUCACCAACUAGGCUCUCCAUGGACUCCACCACAUCGCUCACUUCAAGCCUUAUCUCAGAUCUAUGGUCCUCUAAUGCUCCUUCGCUUCGGAAACGUCCCCGUCCUUGUUGUCUCGUCGGCCGAGGCUGCCCGAGAGAUCAUGAAAACCCAUGACCUCGCAUUCGCCAGCAGACCUAAGUCCAUCGUCUUAGAGAAGCUUGCCUACAACUACAAAGACGUGGCCACGGCGCCUUACGGUGAAUACUGGAGGCAGAUGAAGAGCAUUUGUGUGCUGAACCUGUUAAGUAACAAGAAGGUUCGAUCCUUUCAUGGUGUGAGAGAAGAAGAGACCAGAUCUAUGAUCAACAAGAUAAAGGAAAUUUCUCAACGGGGAGGUGUUCUGAACGUGAGGAAGAUGCUUAUGACGCUUACGAACGACGUCAUCUCGAUUACGGCUCUAGGGAGGAAGUACUACGAUAAUGAGGAUUUUAAGGAGCUUUUAGUGGAGUUUACGGAAUUGGCGGGAAGUCUUCAUGUUGGGGACUAUAUUCCAUGGCUUGGUUGGUUGAGUCGUCUUGGUGGUUUGGAUGCUAAAUUAGAAAGCCUCUUUAAACGAUACGAUGAAUUUAUAGAUACAGUAGUUCAAGAGCAUAUCGAUAAAAGUCCAAACACUAGUAACAGAAAUUAUCAUGGCCUUCAGGAUCAGAACAAGGACCGCAAGGAUUUUGUGGAUGUUUUACUUGAAAUUCAGCGAGAAAGCUUGCUCCAUUCUCCUCUUGAUAGAGUUAGCAUAAAGGCUCUCAUCUUGGAUAUGUUCCUUGCUGGGACUGAUACCACAUCUACACUUUUAGAGUGGGCAAUGGCAGAGAUUUUGAAGCACCCAAGGGUUAUGAUCAAAUUGCAGAAAGAAGUGAGGGGUGUAAAAAAGGGAGAAGAAGAAAUAUUAACAGAGGAUGAUUUGGUUGAUAUGCACUACUUGAAGGCAGUGAUUAAGGAGACUCUUCGCUUACAUCCUCCAUUAACCCUACUAGUUCCAAAGAUGUCGACCCAAGAUGUGAAAAUAAAUGGUUAUGACAUUAAGGCCAACACACAGGUCUUAGUGAAUGCUUGGCAGAUCGGGAGAGAUCCUAAAUCAUUCAAUUACAAACCAGAAGAGUUUGAGCCUGAGAGGUUUUUAGAGGUUAAUAGUGGUUUGAGUUAUAAAGGGACUGACUUCCAGCUUAUUCCAUUCGGAGCUGGCAGGAGGGUCUGUCCUGGGAUUCAGUUUGCUACGUCUGUCAAUGAGAUUGCUCUAGCAAAUUUGCUGCAAAAGUUUGAUUGGACAUUGCCCAAUGGAGUAAGAAAUGAUGAUUUAGACAUGAUGGAAUCAUUUGGUUUAACAAUUCAUAAGAAAUACCCUCUUAAAGCCAUGGCUAUUCCAUACUCAUCAGCUUAA